AUGGGUCGGACAGUCGACCAGGAAGUUCACGCGGCGUUCGUCGAGUUCCGCGCCAAGGAAGACGAUAAGUGCCUUUCCGUCCAGUGUAUCUAUUGCCAGCAAAUCCGCGCAAAGAACACCUCGCGUCAGAAGCAGCACCUGCUCGAAUGUCCCGGCCUCCGUCAUACCAACCCCCAAGCUCAGUCACAGUCCGCUCAAUCCACUACUAACGGCAUCGGUGCUGCCAACGGAUAUCCUCCCACUCCCAAUGGCGCCCCUGCCACAGCUUCCGGCGCUGGGCCAGGGCCUGGUGCCCUCGCGACCCCGAAUGGACCCAUGAUGUCCAACGGUGUCAAUCCGCAUGCCACCCCGAUGCAGACGCCGCUGCAGAACAUGCAGGGACGCGCUUCCUUGCCGACGUCAGGCCCUGCCGGGGCCACCUCCACGGCCGCUGCCGCGCAGCAGGCCUCUCGUGCGACACCCAAGUCCAAGCCGAAAAACUCGUCCUCCAACCUCCCCGCCCCGCCCCUCGAUGACGUGCAUGCUGCUUUCGUAGAGUUCCGUGCGAAGGAAGAAGACAAGUGUCUGUCCGUCCAAUGCAUAUACUGCCAGCAAGUCCGCGCGAAGAACACGAGUCGGCAACGCCAACAUCUGCUGGAAUGCCCCACCUAUCUCAGUGUCAUGAAGGACUCGAUCCCCGCCAACAACCUCCUCCACACCUUCCCCGAGGGCGACGUGGCCCGCUCGCUGCAGAUCCCCGCGCCUACUCUCGAGUUGGACUUCCGCAUGAGCAUCAAGAUGAACCCCAAGGUCGCUGUGGGCGAGAGUAUCUGGGGUCAGCGUGACUGGGUGACAUUUGUGGGAGGGCAAUGGGCAGGUCGAUGGGGCAAAGGCAUUAUUUUGCCUGGGGGACAGGAUUCUCAGAUCGUGACUAAAGAGUCAUCCACCAGCCUUCGAGCGAGCUAUAUGCUUCAGACCGCCGACGACCCCCCUGCGUACAUUAUUGUGAAGACCAAUGGAUGGUUGACUGGUUCUAAGGACGUUUUGGACAAAGUCAACGACCCGACCGUGGCUGAUGGUGUUAACCCGAACACGUACAAAUAUCGCAUUAACCUAUCUAUGGAGACCGGAGAUGAACGUUACGCAUUUUUGAACACUCUGAUGUGGAUUGGCAGUGGCUGUCGCCGGAACCAAGAAGUUAUUUUCGACGCCUUCCGCGUCAACUAA